CUGAUCGACGCUUCUUCCCCAAAUACAGACAACUCCAUGAUCUCUCUCUCUCCUCUCUCUCUUUGCGUGUUAAUCUUUCCUUUUUCCAAAUACUUUCUUCAUUCAAUUGAUCAUAAAAACUGGGGUUAACAAAAUCCAAUCGCCAUCGGAAAACAAUUGUUUUCCCCGUCAAAUUUCUACCUCAAACCCUAUACAGAUUUAAUCGGAUGCUUAUUCCCCUAAUGCACUCAACUGCAUGAUAUCUGUUUCUCUCUCUCCUCCCUCUGCAUGCAUCUAUUAUUCCCUUUGCAUUAAUUUUUAGGAAACUUCCUGUGAUAAUUUUGAUAGAAAGGGAAAUAAUUGUUUUUUCCCUCUAAUUUCUAGUUUUUUUUCCCUUACCUCAAACCCUUAGACUUAGAAUUGAUCAAUUCUCUACUGUUCCACUUGCUUCAUAAUCCUCCUUGAAGAUAUAAUUCAUUACCCCUGUUAAUUGAGCUCAAUUCAUCGGACAUUGCAGCAAUUUACUGUUGGAUUGUUGUUUGAGGGGUCAAAGCCUUAGCUGAAAUUGCAUGAUCCUGCUUGCAUAUUGGUCUUGUGUGUGUCAAGUGUUUCUAAGGGAACCGAAUUCAUACUGCAUUAUGGCGGUGAUUGGCGCGGCAGUGAAUAUGUGACCACAUUAUGGUGCUAAUCAGUGAAUUAUGGAGAACUUUUCGUUAAUUGUGAUUGGCGAGAACAGGAUCCAGAGAUUGGAUUGGGAAAAGGAGUUUUGGAUCCAAUCAGGGAUAAGACAGCGCCACUAGAAUGGCGCUGUUUAGAAGGUUCUUCUACCGGAAGCCGCCGGAUCGACUUCUGGAAAUCGCUGAGAGGGUCUAUGUGUUCGAUUGCUGCUUCUCUACUCAAGUGCUUGAUGAUGACGAGUACAGGACAUACAUGAAUGGGAUUGUACCUCAGCUACAAAGUCACUACCCUGAUGGCGCUUUCAUGGUUUUCAAUUUCAAAGAAGGGGACAGUAGAAGCCUAUUAUCUGAUUUGUUAGCUCAGUAUGAUAUGACAGUCAUGGAUUAUCCUCAGCGGUAUGAAAGGUGUCCACUGUUACCUAUGGAGACAAUAAAUCACUUUUUGCUAUCAAGUGGGAACUGGUUGUCGUUUGAGGGGCAACAUAAUAUUCUUUUAAUGCUUUGUGAAAAAGGAGGAUGGCCUGUGCUUGCAUUUAUGCUAGCUAGCCUUCUUCUUUACAGUAAACAAUAUACUGGUGAGCAGAAGACACUUGAAAUGGUAUACAAACAAGCGCCCAAGGACCUUCUUUCCCUUUUGACUCCUUUGAAUCCACAGCCGUCUCAGCUCAGGUAUCUUCAAUACAUCAGUAGAAGUUCUCCGUUGGAUUGGCCAUCAUCAGAUGCGCCUUUGGCUUUGGAUUGCAUGAUACUUCAAGCCCUUCCUCGAUAUGACAAUGGACAAGGAUGUCGACCAAUAGUACGAGUAUAUGGUCAUGAAUCUUCUUCCAGAUUGUCCAAUAUAACUACAAAGCUUUUGUUUUCAUCUUCUAACAUGUUAAAAGAUAUACCUUACUUUCAAAAGGAAGAGUGUGAUCUAGUAACAAUAGAUAUCCAUUGCCGUGUUCAAGGAGAUGUUGUCCUUGAGUGCACCCAUUUGGAGGAUGAUCUAGUGAGCGAGAAAAUGAUUUUUCGAAUUAUGUUCCAUACUGAAUUUGUUCGAGCAAAUGUUUUGAUGCUGACCCGUAACGAAAUAGAUGUUCUUUGGGAUGCAAAUGACCUUAUCUCGAGGGAAUUCACAGCAGAGGUACGCUUCUCAGAUGCAACUUCUCUCCUGUCAAUCAUCGCCACAGAAGCUGUGGACGAAGCUGUGGACAAAGCUGACGAAGAUGACAAUGAAACAGAAGUUGCCACUCCUGAAGAAUUUUUUGAGGCAGAUGAGAUCUUUAGCAGUCUCGUUAAUGCGCAGGAUGGUAAGGUGGUAUCGGAUGACUAUCCAAUUGAAGUUAGUACCCAUGUUGAUGAAGCCCAGGUUGAUGAAUCCAUGGUGGACGAAGCCCAGAUGGAUAGUUCUCUGGUUGAUGAAGCCCAGGUGGAUAAAUCUCGGGUUGAUGAAGCCCAGGUCGAUGAAUCCAUGGUGGACGAAGUCCAGGUGGAUAAAUCUCUGGUUGAUGAAGCCCAGGUGGAUAAAUCUCGGGUUGAUGAAGUCCAUGUUGAUAAAUCUCUGGUUGAUGAACCCAAUGUUGAUAAAUCUCUGGUUGAUGAAGCCAAUGUUGAUAAAUCUCUGGUUGAUGAACCCAAGGUUGAUAAAUCUCUUGUUGAUGAACCCAAGGUUGAUAAAUCUCUUGUAGAUGAACCCAAGGUUGAUAAAUCUGUGGUUGAUGAAGCUUGGGUUGAUGAAGGUCGUCAUGAAAUGCCCUUGGAGGAUGAACUGGAACGACAGGCAUUUCAAGAGUGUACUAUGGAUGAGGCCAGCAGCAUUCAUGGCAGCCCGGAUCCUCUUAGUAACUUGAUGCAGAUUGGGCAAGUCCAACAAGAGUCGAGGUAUGUGUUUUCCGAGGUUGUCACCGAUGCAGAAACCUUGUGCGAGAAUGAUGGUAAGCUCAACAAGUUUGGAGAAGAGGACAAUAAACAAAUAGAAGCAGUGCGCUUGAUGGUGAAAAGUGAAAAGGAAGGUUCAAAUGAGAAAUUAGGUUUUGAUAAUAAUGAGCACAUGGGCCUUUCAAUUGCCCAUAUGAAACAAUCGGUGCACAGAUCAAGAUCUGAUCCAGAUGCAGUUGUUACCAGUAAGAAAAGUAAGAAGCAAGAUUCACCGAUAGCCAGAAAGGCUAAGCCAAAUACUGUAACGAGGUGGAUACCUUCUAACAAAGGUUCUUACAUGAAUUCAAUGCAUGUACAUUAUCCUCGGUCAAGACAUAACAGUGCUCCAGAAUUAUUAGCUCUUUGCAAGGAUUCUGUAUCUGGAGGGAAAAAAAAGCCCCAAUCUGCUCCUGUAUCCCACACUGCUUCUCCAUUGUUUCCAGAUUUAUCAGUAGCCGUAGCCAAACCGGCUCUUGCCCCAACUUCUCCCUCUAAAGCACAAGUCAUACAAGAGCCCAAUGAACUUAGUCUAAUAGAGCUGCCCACUAAACAUACUUCUUUAUCUUCCAUCUUCAAUCCUGCAUUGGAAGCACCUCCAUCACAGUCGUUAUCAGAAAAACUUGCUUCACCACCUACAUCAAUUUCUCAGGACGAAGAACUAAGCUUGUCGCUUCUGCCUCCACCUCCACCCCCACCCCCACCCCCACCUCAACUUAUAGCCCUGUCUAUAUCUCCAUCCCCACCAGUGCCUCCGUCUCAACCCACGACCACACCUAUUUAUGUGCCUCCCCCUCCCCCUUCAUCCAAGCUUACAACCAUUCCUCCGCCCGUGCCUCCCCCUCCACUUCCACCUCCAUCUCAGCCCACUCCCAUUCCCACAACUUCGCCUCCAUCUCAGCCAAUUUCCACCCCUGCACCCCCGCCCCCGCCCCCGCCUCCGCCUCCGCCCUUUCCAUCUACUCACACAGUUACUUAUUCAUUGCCACCACCAGCGCCACCUGCACAUGCAUCACCUCCAUCAUUCCAGAAUGCAACUUUUCAAGUAUUAUCUUCGUCUACCCAUAUGCCUUCAACUCCCUCACCAUUGUAUGUGGAUUCUAGCUUAGCCAUCAAUUUGCAAGGGAACAUAAUUCCUCCUCAAAUACCCAUACCUCCUACCUCGUCUAGUGUGGAGAAUACCAGUACGGUUAUCCCACCACCCCCUCCACCUCCACCACCCCCUUGGUGUACUGUUGUUCUAGUAUUAGCAAAUUCUUCAACUACAGGUCAAUUUCCAUUUACUUGUUACUCUGCUUAUCCAUCACUACCUCCUAAUCAGGGCGUUUAUUAUUUCCCUCCUAAUCCUGGAAUACCUCCCGGUGUUCCAGGAUUUCCACAUCCCCUUGCUUUGUUUGGAACACCUACUCAACCUUUUCCGUCUCCUUCUCCUGCAAGUGGUGUUACACUAACUCAGCCUCCACCUCCACCUCCCGCUAGUGAUCCUUCUCCACCAAUCCCACCAUCUAUUGUUUCUAAAGCAGCACCUCCACCACCACCACCACCACCAACGCCAACCUCUUCCGCUGCUGAAACAUUAGCUCCUUCAACAUCAUGUGCUCCACCCCCCCCACCGCCACCCCCACCGACUCCUCCUUGUGCUACUGCACCUCCCCCACCCCCUCCACCUAUUGGAGGAGCACCACCUCCCCCGCCCCCUCCACCUUUUGGAGGAGCGCCCCCUCCACCACCACCUCCGCCUGGAGGAGCACCACCUCCACCUCCCCCUCCUCCUGGAGGAGCACCACCUCCACCACCCCCUCCUCCUGGAGGAGGAGCACCACCACCACCCCCUCCGCCCGGAGGAGCUCCACCUCCACCACCUCUUCCUGGGGGUGGCCCUCCUCCGCCCCCUCCACCUAUGGGAGGAGGCCCACCUCCACCACCCCCUCCUGGUGGUGGUCCACCCGGCCCACCACCGCCACCAGGUGCACCGGGAGGAGGAGGUCCACCACCGCCACCAGGUCCACGAGGGGGUCCACCGCCCCCACCUGGAGCAGGUAGAGGAAUGGGUGCGGGUAGAGGGCAGGCACGCCCCGUAGUGAAAAAAUCCAAUUUAAAGCCACUUCACUGGAGCAAGGUGAGCCGGGCACUAAAAGGAAGCUUGUGGGAAGAAUUACAAAAACAAGGAACCCCUCUAGUUGCACCAGAAUUUGAUGCGUCCGAACUUGAGACUCUUUUCUGUGCAACAGCCCCGGUAAAAGAUAAAGGCAAAGGUGGGGGCAAGAAGGCUGCUGAAGCUAAGCCUACCAAAAUCCAGCUGAUUGACCUAAAGAGGGCCUAUAAUGUUGAAAUCAUGCUUACAAAAGUGAAAAUGCCACUUCCUGACAUGAUGGCCGCGGCACUUGCUCUGGAUGACACAAUUCUGGAUGCUGAUCAAGUAGAAAAUCUAAUAAAAUUUUGUCCAAAAAAGGAGGAGAUGGAGCUUCUCAAGACGUACACAGGUGAUCCAGAGAUGUUGGGAAAGUGUGAACAGUUUUUCCUAGAGCUGAUGAAGGCACCACGAGUGGAGACUAAAUUGAAGGUUUUCCUUUUCAAGAUUCAAUUCAACUCUCAGCUUUCUGAUUUCAAAAAAAGCUUGGUUAUCGUACACUCUGCCUGUGAAGAGGUCCGUAACUCCACCAAAUUGAGAGAAAUCUUGCAGAAAAUAUUAGUUCUUGGAAAUACAUUGAAUGAGGGAACUGCUAAAGGUAUGCAUGUUUUGAGUAAAUAUUGUUUAAAUUUAGGAUAUUUAAUUUUAAUGUCCUGUCAUUUAGGUGCUGCCGUCGGAUACAAACUGGAUAGUCUUUUGAAACUGACGGAUACACGGUCAACCACUUGCAGGAUGACACUUAUGCAUUAUCUUUGUAAGGCACUUGGCGCGAAGAAUCCAGAUCUUCUAGACUUUUACAAAGAUCUUCCUAACCUGGAAGCUUCCACCAAGAUUCAACUAAAGUCAUUGGCAGAUGAAAUGACAUCUAUUUCCAAGGGUUUAGAGAAGGUGAAGCAGGAAAUGGAUGCUUCGGAACAUGAUGGUCCUGUCUCCGAAAUUUUUCACAGGACGUUGAAGGAAUUUGUUGGUACUGCUGAAAGUGAAGUGACUGCUGUGAUGAAUACAUAUUCUCUUGCGGGUAAAAAUGCUGAAGCAGUGGCUACAUACUUUGGUGAAGAUCCUAACCGAACCCCUCUCGAGCAAGUCACUGCAACCCUCUCAACCUUCGUGAAGCUAUUCCAAACAGCCUGCGAUGAAAACAUCAAGCAGGCUGAAGCAGACAAGAAGAAGGCUCAAAAGGAGGCUGAAGCUGCAGAGAACGCGUCCAAGAAUUAAAUAUGAACAAAGAAAGGAAGAGAAACAUUGGAGCACAGCCACUGCUGGAUCAACCAGCAAUGCGCAUCCGGAAAAAAAGAAGAAGCCGGAAGGGCGCUGUUGAGGCUUUGCAAAACCUCAAGGUCUGCAAAUGGAGCAGUUAUGAGAGUGCCAGCGGCCCUUUCCUGGCUGCUUUAGAUGACGCAGGCAGCUGAUACGCUAGUCUCGGGGCUGUACUUAAUGGAGAAGGGCUUAUUCACAAACCAAGUCAUCAGAGGCAGGGGCCGGAGCUGGGGGAGGCUCUAGCACCCCCAGCAAUAUUUUUUCUAAAUUUAUUUAUUUUCGGAAAAUUUUGGCUUCAACACAUAAGUAGCUGGAAUUUUUCGACUUUAGCUCCCUCCAAGCUCUAUAUAAAUAUGGUCCUGCUUCUGAUCAGAGGUAUGUUCGGUCGGCCCUCUCAUCUAUCUCCGAGAUAAAUGUUCAGCACAGGUGGAAAUGAUCGGGGGUGCUCGAGCUCUCAUGUCCAUGUCCGACCCACCCGUGUUCCGACAUCAGCUACGCGAGGACAUCCUGGAACUAUAAUGCAGAUUGCUGAUACGAAAAUGCUUCAUGUACAGAGAGCACUAACCAUCUAGUUAGAGAUUAACACUGAUUCUUUGCUGUAGCAUAGAAAAUGGCUGGGUUCCUCCUUGUAGAGGGAAGAGAACCUUCCAAGAAAUUUUGUUGUACAGCAGUUAAGGUAAAUGGGAUAGAGUUGAUAUAGAAAGUAGGAUGUGUUAGUCAAAUAUAGAUAUAGUAACCUUUUUUACAGGAAGUUUUAGAAUACAUGAUUCAUUCAUUAAUGAAAAAGCAUUCGUUUUAUUGCGUUUUUA